AAAUGAAAGUUAAAAAUGGGAACUGAGCUGUGAUAUUUUCAAUAGGGGAGAUACCGCUUCAGCUCAGAUGCCUCUGACAGCUGGAGAGGAAGAAGCAAAUCUGUUAAAGCUAAAAGUAACAUCAUCUUUUUGGGCACUUGAACACACUUGAGAGGAAACAUGACUUCCAUGUAUGAAAGCCUUCAUGACAGUUAUGUUUCAAACAAAGGGAGAUCGACCAGCUGUGUGACAUUAGCCGUGGUUUUGGGUUGUCUGACUGUAUUGGGGAUCGUGCUUGCCAUCGCCGUGCUCGAAAGACCACCGCCCCCCAAAGACCAUGAGACACUUCCCGGGGAAGCUGAAGAGGGCAAUUUCACUACGGACCAGUGCAGUAUGGUCCUGGUGGAGAGCAUCCCUCUACACAUGAAAUAUAAAGAGAAUGUGACGAUUGGGAUCCCUCUGGAGAAGAUCUGGAAAGAUCUAAUCUCCAUGGCAACGGACCAAGUGGAUGUGGUCUCUUUCUACUGGACUUUAACUGGGGAAGACAUCAACGUUAACUCUUCCUCUGACAUACCUGGGAGAGACAUCCUGACAGGACUUGGAGAGUUGCCCUCCAGGAAUGUGUCCGUCCGAGUGGUGACCAGUGUCCCCAGUGUUCCGACAAACUCCACAGAUUUAAAGGUCUUAAAACAGAAAGGAGUUCAUGUGAGGAAGGUGAACUUUGGGCGUUUGAUGAAGGGCGUCCUCCACAGCAAGUUCUGGAUCGUUGAUAGAAAGCAUGUUUUUAUUGGAAGUGCCAACAUGGACUGGAGGGCUCUCACACAGGUGAAGGAACUGGGAGUAGUUAUCUACAACUGUUCCAGUCUAGCAAAGGACCUGCAGAAGGUUUUCAAGUCCUACUGGGUGAUGGGACAAACCAACAGCUCCCUGCCACAGCCCUGGCCUGCAGAGUAUAACACUGCCAUCAAUAAAUAUCACCCCCUGCUGGUGAAAACUGAUAAUGUCUCCAGCAGCCUUUACCUCACAAGUUCUCCACCAUCGUUCUGUCCUCCAUCGAGGACUCAGGACCUGGAGGCUAUUCUCUCUGCCAUCUCUGAGGCCCAACACUAUGUCAAUAUAGCCGUCAUGGAGUAUUUCCCCACCACUCGCUUUGAGAAGCCUCAGAGAUACUGGUCAUUCAUUGAUGAUGCCAUCAGGACGGCCGCAUUCGAGAAGAAGGUGAAGAUCCGGAUGCUGAUCAGCUGUGGGCAGGACUCUGAUCCAGCCAUGCUGCCCUUCCUUCAGUCUCUAGCUUCAUUGGACAGCCCUCAAAAGGAUAUCAACAUCCAAAUAAAACUGUACAUUGUGCCUGUGGCAAACCAGUCUGAUAUCCCAUACUCCAGAGUCAACCACAAUAAAUACAUGGUGACUGACAAAGUGGCCUACAUCGGUACCUCCAACUGGUCAGGCGACUACUUUCUGACCACAGCUGGAGUCGGUCUGGUGAUUUCCCAGCAUGCUCCUCACCCCGUAUGGGAGACCGAAGCCCUGCAGAGCCAGCUUAAAGCCGUCUUUGACAGAGACUGGCACUCUAAGUUUGCUGUGCACCUCGCUGACCUGGGGCACCACCCAGACUGUGCUCUAUCGAGAUGACAGAAACCUCCUAAAAGUUACACAUAAAUAUAUUUUAUAUCACAUAGCUGUGAUUUAUGUUGCUGUUUUUAUGUUUGUGUGUCAAAAUCAACUGUUUUGGUAGAUUCUUUGCUCAAAACAAUAUGAAUUGUAUAAAUUCUGAGUUUAAACUUUGUGUCGAAAGUGAGGAUGCAAUGGACAUUUAUACGAAUUAAUCUCUGACAUCAAAACUAUACAAACUGUGCCACCCUCAGUUAUUUGACUUUAUAAUGAAAUGCACCCAUACUAACAAGUAAAUAAGCUUUACUGAGUUAUCAUUUAUGUUUUUAUAAGAUGUAGUGUAUGUUUAUUGCUAAACUAAUUGUUAAAUACACAGAUACUGGAUAUGUUGAUUAAUAGUUAAUUAAAUAUACGUCAGCAUCCAUGAGAUUCUGCAAAUAAAAAACAAAAAAAGAAUCA